GCUGUUCUUGACUUCCUCAUGGCUGCUCCACGACCCGAACGACCCAACCCACGGGAUCUGUCCCCACGUCCAGAUUCUCUUAUACGGCGUUCAUGGCACGCCAUGUCAGAUCUCUUUUCCCCUUUCUCGUCUUCCGCCCUGGCCACACUUCCCGCCCCGUCACGUCCUGUGCGCUAUACUCGAGCGGACAACAUCCCUGAAGCAGAAGAGGAUGAAAAUGGUCAGCGGCCUGCCGUGAGGGACUAUCUGUCGAUCAACAAUGUUCCUUCCGCCGUCCGGGUCCCGAAGAAGAUUGCGACUCCGGUUCGUGUUGAGGGCAAAGUCUGGUUCGCCAAUGAGCGCACGUGGAUCUCGUGGUUGAACAUCGCCGUGCUCAUUGGUACUCUGGCACUCGCGCUGUUCAACUCCUCUGCCGAUCCCAUCGCCCGCAGCUUCGCAUAUGUCUACGCUCUGAUUAGCGUCGGUGUCCUUAUAUACGGGUAUUUGCUGUACCAGCAUCGCAUAACCAUGAUCCGCAAACGGGACCCUGGUCAUUUUGAUAUGCUGAUUGGCCCAGUCGUCGUCAGUGCGGCCCUCUUUUUUGCCGUUCUCGCGAACUUCCUGAUUCGAGUGCGCGAGCUCCGCGACAAGAACAUCCCCAUCCCUGGCGAAAAUCUGUAUCACUAUCUCGUUAACGCGGGCAGUGCACAAAAGAUCCUACAACUCUAA